CAUUACGUCGCGAGUACCACUUCUUCGCUCAACACUAGGCCUUGUCGUUCCGCAAUCGCUGCACUCCGAGACACACUGUAACCACGUUGAUAUCGAAACGGAAUAGAAGGCUCCACCAAACAAACAAACAAACAAAMAAACGAACGAACGAACGAACAAACAAGCAAACCAACAAGAAAGCAAGAAACGAAAAAGGGCCCAAGCACCCCGGUUCUCCACGAGCAGAGGAAAUCGAGAUCCACAGACGCACACACAGACGCACACACGAACCCAUCGAUCAUGGCUGGAACGACAACCGCGAGCCGCUCCCGGAUCGCCUUUGUUGGGGCGGCACUCGUGUUGCUUCUCGAGGGAGGAUCGUUGGACCACGGCCACGGGAAGACAAGCGUGCUGGUGGACGCGUUUGUCCUUCCCUCGAGCCCGCUGACCGGUGCGCUGCUCCCCGGCUCUGGGGGACACGAGGCCGGCAAUUUCUUUCCGCUGAGAUCCUUCCGGUUCAUCAAGGGGGAAUCCAGCUACGGCGACGUGGUCGACGGCACCGUGAACGCCGGAAUGAUGGGAGGACUGGGCGGCGGGACCGGCUCGGUUUCGCUCUCGGGCUUUGGAAGCAACUUCCGGGCGGGACGGACCGCGGGCUCGAACCGCAUGGGGGGCAACUCGCUGCUGUCGGGAAGCAGGCGCACGGCAACGAAGGUGCCCCAGUGGUGGACGGCCAGGAGCGGAUUUUCCCGGAAGACUCCCACCACGCUGCUCGCGAAAGGAUCGGUCGAAUCCUGGCCCGUUCUGGAGGCCGACGACAUUCAGAUUCUGGUCAAGAAGGGGGAGGACAUCGAGGACAAACUAAACCACAAGGCAAACAGAAAGGGAAAGGGAAACCGCAACGACCGAGCCUACGACGAGGACGACUACGAGUACCAGGAAUACGACGAAUACGGCAACCCCGUUCUUGCAUCCCAGCAACCCAAGGAGGAGAGGUCCUCCGUCCGGGCCACUCUGGAGCGCUGGGAGCGAGACAUUUCGCUGGAAGUCGUGGGAAGGGACGGAUAUCCCAUGGCGGGGAACCAGAUGCAGCCCGGCGGCGGCAGCAAUGCCUACGCAGACGAGAACAGCGAUCGGUGCACCCAAAAAAUCGACUUUAGCAUCGACAACGGAGACCUCUACCCGUUUUCGGGCACCGUUUCGGUCCCCCCACCGCUCACGGUCGAGGACUCGAUGGGCAACCAGCAGACGGUCAUGAUGGUCCUCAACAAUCCCGACGAGGACGAGGACGAUUACGGGGGCGGCGACUUCGGGUUCACCCGCAGCCCCGGCUCGAAGAAGGGCAAAACGGUCGAGGCCAAGCUCGAGCCCCUCUACAAGAGCCCCGACGAAAAAUACGCGGCCGCACAGCGCCAGCAGCAGCAACAGUACGAGUACCAGUACGACGAGUACGGAAACGAGAUCUACGACCCGAGCCUUGGCGGGAGCGACGAAGAAACCGCCACCAUUCCCGCCCGGGGAUACCAGUCCUUCCAGCUGGAUGCCACCGAUCCCGCCUCUGGGAAGAUCAAGAUUUCCCUCGAGCGAGAACGAGCUGGCAACGGCUUCGGCGGCGGAGCCAGCGGCGAUGUUUCGGAGGCCCGGCUCGAGCUCUACCACGGCUUUCGGGACGAGUACGGAAACUACCACUCGCCGAACCCGGAGGAAGACGACCGCCGCUUUUCCCUGGACGUGUCGACGAUGCACCCGGAGUUCUCCUCGGUCGUCGACACGAUGCCCGCCGAGCUGCUGGCCAGGCACUCGCUCCUGCCCCACGAGGCCAGGAACUACGACCCGAGGAGGUCGCAGUACCAGCCCUACCUAGAGGUACGGAUCGUCAACACGGGCGGGGCCUCCCUCAAGGCGGGCGUCGGGUCCUUCAUGCCCUAUUACAAGCCCCAGAGCCAGAAACUCAAGGAGGAGCUCCGCCGCCGGGUCCAGCGCCAGGCCACGAUGGGCGCGGCGGCGUCCCUGCGAUCGUCGGCCUCGGAAAUGAAGGCCGACGAUCCCUUCUUGCUGGUGGACAGCGCCCAGUCGUCCACCAGUUCCCGGCGCAUCAAGGAAAACAUGUACACAAAGCAGACCGAGGCCGCCUACGUGUCCGGCAAUGGCUACAGCAGCAACAGGAACAGCAACUUCAAUGUCAACGGCAACAAUUUCAACAACAAUUUCAACAGCAACUAUCCCAACCAGCGCAGCCGAUACGGAGAGAAUUACGUCAUGGAGAACGAUUCGUCGUCCUUUUUGCAGGGCUUUGGAGGAAACAGCAACGGGUUUAUGGGAUCCGGCCAAGGCGGUGGCGGAGGAGGCGUCCGGGCCGACGUUCCGGGUGGAGCCAGCCUCUUUGGAGGAAGCAACGAAUCCCGGCCCGCCACCCGCCGGUACAGCAUGUUUGUGAGCAGCAGGGACCUCGGCUACUACAACGGUUUCAACGAUCCCAACAACGACUCGUACCUCUCGGGCCGCUCGCCGAUGCAGCAAACCCCGUCGCGACGAAGAAAGGCGAACGGGUACCACCGCAACGGGAUGGGCACCAGCUUCAACGACCGGGUGCCGGAGCAUCCGGUGGGCCCGGAAUCCGGCGUCAUCGACACGGUGGCCACUUCCGGGGGCCGCAGCAGCGGAAGCAGCAACCUCGCUCUCGCCUCGUUCGGGGGAAACGGCGGAAGCGUCAGCGGAAUGCAGGGCCGACAGCAACAGCGACAGCAACAACCCUUUGGCUCCCAGGGAUCCGUGAUUGGUGACGGAGUGAUCAACGGCCGAUCCCUAGGGGACGGCAACGAAUACGACGGAUACGGAAACAAUGGCUUUGGAAACGGGAGGCCGAUGAACGGCGGCAGCGGCAACAACCGGUUUGGUGGGAACAGUGGGAGUUACAGCGAAAGAAACUCCAUGAACGAUGUGGGCAACAGCAACCGUCGGUUUGCGGGAAACCGGGGUGGUUUUGGCCGCGAGAACUCCAUGAAGGUCGAUAGCCGGGACUCGCCGGCUGGCGGAAGCUUUGCGGGCAACGGCAGGGUCAUUGGGGACGGUAUCAUCAAGGGAAGACCAACGCAGCCCGGGUUUCAGGGCUUUUCCUCGUCCGGAGGAAUGACCGACGGCAGGGCCGAUGGGUUUGGGACCAACACCAACUCGUUCGCUGGCACAAGUGGUGGUGGAAGCACGAACAACAUCAACGGACCUUUUGGAAACAUGGGAAGGCCACCGCCCACCACGGCCAAUUCCAAGAAUCCAUUCGCCACCCUGAACGGCGAGACGGGUGGCGACAACAAUUCGUUCGGAGCCUCCACCAACGACUUUGGUAGCAACGAGAGCAAUAAUUUGUUCGGGGGUUCCACCGGCAGCAGCAAUUCGUUUGGUGGAUCCAGACAAACGAACGGCUUUGGUAGCAACGACGACGACAGCAAUUCCUUUGGAGGGGGAAUGGGAUCCCCACAGCGACCCCUCGGCGGAUCGUCGGCCAUGAAGAACCCGUUUUCGGGCCUCAACGGCAACGCCAACGCCAACGGGGCAUCCGGCGGUCCUUUCGGAAACAUCGGGGGGAACAACCAAAGCCAACAGGGCGGCAGCAGCAGCCCGUUUGGCAACAUUGGCAGCCCCUCGACGACAGCGAUGAGGAGCAACAACAACAAUUACGGAGAGUACGACGAGCAGGAAGGAAGCUCGGACGGCUCCAUCAUGGGAUUUGCAAAAAACUUUGUCAAGGGCUUUUCCGGUUAGCAUUCAAGAAACCAAAUGGGGGGGAUGGAUCGACUCUUUGUUCGUUUACUAAUAAAUACUUCGUGAUAAGUUAAAAAAACAAGUCUUUGUGUACACUGUGCAGACUGGACGUGUGGACAUAAUUAUCCCUUGAGUGGACAGAACGCCUCGCACUCGACCAUGUGAGGUCUGGUCUAUCCGAUUCAUUCCCCGGACCAACUUCGAUUCCGCAAACAGGUUACACCCACAUGGUAAUGGAAGUCGUCAACAGAUUGGUGAUGACAGCAACGAAGGGUUUUUGACACACGGAUGUAGUUCGUUUGCUGUCCGUAACUCCUAUCUAAUACAGAACAGGGGUCAUGCACAAUAGGGGUACUUUACGUACUCGUACGUACGCAUCGAUUCGAAAACUCAUAUUCCAUCCUCGGUCCCAAAAUUCAAAAACCAUGGAAGGAAUUUUUAAUUUCUAAUUCUUGCUAGUGUUUACUAAGUAGUAGGAAAACUGUCCAAAUUUGAAGUAGUCACAACUUGAUCAAAGAUACUCAUUAUGUCAUUUUGAUCUAGACCGCUUUUGAACAUACGUUUUGUCAGGUAGUAGUAUCAAAUACUUAUGGAUAUUCGGUAUACUGUUUGCUGCCCGGAUUGCCGUUGUUCCAGACGGUGUCCACGUGCGGCUGCAACCACCCGCAGCAUUUGCAUGCAACUUUGCCGCUGGCGCCUUGGCCGUUGAAGCAUUGGUGUCGACCCACAACGUUUCGAAGAGAAGGGGAAAAAAAAACUCGAACCCAUGGAAUGCAAUAAAAUGCAAUGCAAUAAAAUGCAAUGCAAUGC